AGGUUCUUGUAGAAGGGGUGGGUUUUUUUGUCGUCCUCAAACUGCCCUCCUCCAACCCCAAACUCUCCUCUUCCUUAUAAGCCCAGUGCCGAGGUCAUAUUUGCAUUACUAUCAAAAAUUACACAUCCAAACGAUCAUCAUCUCCAUCAGCAGCCAUGUUCUCCCAUUCUCUCCUGCUGGUUCUGCUGGGUCUUUCCUGCCUUCAGUCCUUCACAAUGGCAAACAGUGCAAAUGGGGCGGGAUUAUGCUGUUUUGAGUUUCACAAGAGACCAUUGCCCGCAUCCAACGUUGUCUCUUAUCAAGAAACAAGAUCCGACUGUACACUUCCUGGAGUCAUUUUAAUGACAAAAAGGGGUUUUCGCAUAUGUGCGGACCCUGAGGUGGACUGGGUGCAGCAGGUCAUCAAAAGUAAAUCAUCAGCCUAGACUCAGACGACACAUUAAAACAUCUGUCCAUGAAUUAGCUUUACUUUGCAAAAUGCUUCAUUUCACCUACAUAUUACUUAAAGCAAUUUGAUGUUGUGUGUAACGGGACAAAUCUUUCUGUUAAACAUUCACCUGUAGCUGCACGCCCUGAUUUAUUUUAUCUUCUGCACAAAUAAAGGACACAUUUGUUACUCA